CAAUCGAAUGACGGCCAACAGCUGUUCGCCGGCUCAUUACGUGAUUUCUUGUUUUGUAAAAAUUACACAAAUUCGGUGAAAAUGAAUCAAGCCGAUGUAACCAAACUAAUGUCGCAGCUGCGUAUCGCUGUCCGGCCGAAUAAGCGUAAUCUAAAGAACCCGGACGGCCCGGAGGGACGUCUGCUGAAGCUGCGCAAGACCGUCACGGCGCUGAUGAAGCACGAGCGCAUUGAACUCUUCUACAAUCGCGCGGACGAGGCUCGUGGAUACGCCGAGCUGCUCAUCUCGAAUGCCAUACGGUACGGGGACCGGCACAAGGCCACCAUGGAACUGGCUGAUUAUUGGCUUCUGGAGAAGCAGCUGGUGCACAAGCUCUUCAAGGUGCUAGUGCCGCGCUAUGAGAACCACAAUUUGUCCUACACUCGCAUGUAUAAGGCGCCCCGAGAUUAUCCCGGCACAUACUACAGACAGUCUGUGCUGGAGCUCAGGGGCAAUCCGUACCCCACGCUGGACACUGAUCACUCACAGAACCGGAAUCUGCUGCACAAUGUGCUGCUCGACGAGGCAAGAAAAGAGUUCAGACGCCAAAAACUGUCCGAUUUGGUCAAAAGUAGUCAAUAGACCCCGCUCAUUGAAUACAUUUAAGACUCAAAAACCGUUUUAUUAUAAAUGUUUGUAUAUACCAAAAUCUAA